AUGGUGAAGACUCCAGAAGAACUUGCACGCAAAGCAAGUGAAGUUAGUUCACGGAGAAGACAUGUAUUAUCUACAAUAUCCACAGCAGAGUCAUCCUCUGCAACAAAGAGAAGCCGAAAAAAGAAAAAUGUAUCGGAUCAGCGCCGUCCUUGGCUACAAUCUCAAUAUAUUCCUAUCGCACCUGCCAGCAUGCUCAGCUUCAGAUCAGACGUUCAUCUAUCGACUGUGAAUAAUGCGAGGCUAGCUCGACAGAACCGACGAUUACUUAUGCGAAGCAAACGGAAUGCAAACUUACCGGCGCAAGACAUACAGCCUAGACAAGCAACUAUACUUCCUGAUCAGGUUGACGAUAUUGACGUUGAUUCCCCUGAACAAGUUACCGCAAGGGCAAGUAGAGCCUUGCGAAUAAAGAAACAGAAAUCUAAAAGAAUAGCCACUCGGGAUAUUGCAUCUACAAGUGGAAGCCGUCCAGUUAGGUAUCGACGCCCAGUUGUUAACAAGUGGGACUUAGUGAAUUGCCCGAAUUGUCAGGCCAUUGUUUGGAUUGCGGAAGCUGUUGUUCAAGAGACAGAGAAAUCCCCCAGAAUGUUCAGCAUCUGUUGUCAGCAGGGCCGUGUUAAGCUACCUCCUAGGCGUCAACCACCCUCUCCGCUGAAAGAACUUCUAGACAAAUCAAACUUCAAGUCGAUAAUCCGGAUUGCCAAUGGGAUGCUAGCUUUCACAUCGAUGGGUGGACAGAUUGAUAACUCUGUAACUAACUCUUCUGGACCGUAUGCAUUUAGACUCCAUGGUCAAACCCACCACAAGAUAGGAUCUCUGCUCCCCCCUGACGGUAGAUUUCCACAGUAUCUCCAGCUCUAUAUAGUUGACACCGACAAUGAAGUGGCAAAUAGAAAAAAGGCAUUCUCAAAAGCUGAAUCAGCAGGAAAAGAUAUUGUCCUUGAGUACAAGACAUCUAAGCUGCAAAGGAUAAGCGAUCUACAUCCUCUAUACAUGAGUCUUCAGUAUCCGUUGCUUUUUCCGUACGGAGAAUACGGGUACGACGAGAGGAUUCCGUAUCAACACACAGAGAACUCCAAAAUAAAGAGAGAGUACAUGACCAUGAGAGAGUACUUUGCCCACCAGAUCCAGACAAGGCCAUCAGAGGGCAUGACUAUUAUCAAGUCAGGGAGAUUGUUUCAUCAGUAUAUUGUAGACGUUUACACCGCAACUGAGCAGGAGAGGUUGAGGUUCAUCAGACUUAACCAGAAACAGCUAAGGGCUGAGUUAUAUACAAACGUUUGUGAUGCAUUGGAGAGUGGAGACACAGACGCUAGAAAAGUUGGCAGAAAAGUCAUAUUACCUUCUUCUUUCACCGGAAGCCCUCGAUAUAUGUCUGAGAAAUAUCAGGAUGCCAUGGCCAUUUGUCGCUGGUAUGGUAAUCCUAAUGCGUUCAUCACAUUCACGGCAAACCCAAAUUGGGUUGAAGUGAAAAACCACUUGGAAGUCUACGGAGGUGAUUCACCAAACAACAGACCAGACCUCGAAUCUAGAGUUUUUAAACUCAAGUUGGAGGAGAUGAUGUCAGACUUCAAGAAAGGCGUCUUCUUCCCUAAACUAGCCGCAGUCGUCUACACGGUUGAGUUUCAGAAACGUGGCCUCCCACACGCGCAUAUUCUUCUCUGGUUUGAAGGUUUGAAAGGAGAAGCAACAGCUGAGAUCAUUGAUAGAUACAUAUCAGCAGAACUACCGGACAAGGAAGCAGACCCGGAGGGUUUUGAGUUGGUUGAGCGACACAUGAUCCACGGUCCUUGUGGAAAACAACGACCUUUGUCACCAUGCAUGGAGAAAGGAGAAUGCACAAAGAAAUACCCCAAACCAUACUCCAACAACACAACCAUUGACAAGUCUGGUUUUGUUGUUUACAAACGUCAGGUCAAUACAAGAGCAUCAGUUUUAAAAGGCGCUAUUGAUUUAGAUAACCGUAACGUCGUCCCUCAUAACCUUUCUCUCCUUAAGAAAUACAAAGCACACAUCAAUGUUGAGUGGUGCUGCAAAACAAGUGCAAUCAAAUAUCUCUUCAAGUACAUAACUAAAGGGGUGGAUCGAGCACUGGCUCUGCUUGAGCAGUCUGGUUGUAAAGACAAAGCAACGCUUGAUAGGAAAAGAGAACAUCUCGAACUGGACGAGAUAGAUAGAUUUUUAGAAUGUCGUUACAUUUCAGCUUGUGAAGCAUCUUGGAGGCUCUUUUCUUUCCACAUUCAUCACAACCAGCCUUCCGUGAUGAAGUUGAAAAUCCAUCUCCCAGGCAAGCAGAGGCUGCUAUACGAUCAGAAUAAGAGCUUGGAGGAAGUCCUUUCAAAAGAGGAUAUCGACAAGACAAUGCUGACUGCGUAUUUUGUGGCAAACGAAAAAUACGAAGAAGCCAGAGAGCUCACUUAUGUUCAGUUCCCUUCUCGGUUUGUCUACCACACUGACGAUAAAACUUGGACACCAAGAAAGCAUGGAACAUCUAUAGGCAGGCUUCCGUACAUACAUCCAACUGCAGGAGAUGACUAUUAUCUGAGAAUCCUUCUCAACGUCGUGAAAGGCUCCACGAGCUUUGAGCAUCUCUGUACCGUGGGCGGUACAACGUUUACGGAGUUCCGCGAUGCUUGCUAUGCACGUGGGUUACUAGACGACGAUAAGGAAUGGCAUGAUGCAAUUGUUGAGCCUUCCUACUGGGCUACUGGACGUCAACUUAGGAGGUUAUUUGUCCUCAUAUUAAUCUACUGUGAAGUUGCAAACCCCCUGAAGCUUUGGGAUCAUACCUGGAAGAUAUUGGCAGAAGAUAUAUUGUACAUGAAGCAGCGAGAAUUUAACUUCCCUGGCUUAAUUCUUCCGGAUCUACAGCUGCAACAAUAUACUUUGAUAGAAAUCGAGCGACUCCUCAAAGAAAAUGACAAAUCCUUAAAUGAUUUCAAAGGGAUGCCAAAGCCAAACGAGAGUGUGCUUAGAGAAAUCUCAAACACUGUCUUGCGUCAGGAACUGAAUUAUGAUACGGCGAAAGAAGCAAGUGAGCACGAAAAACUGUUUGCCACUAUGAAUGAGGAUCAACAAAAAGUUUACAAUGCCGUCGUUGACUCGGUUGACAAUCAAUCCGGGCAACUGUUCUUUGUCUACGGUGCAGGAGGGACUGGGAAAACGUUCUUAUACAGAACAAUUAUAGCAAAGCUGAGAUCAGUCGGAAAAGUCGUCAUCCCAGUCGCUUCAGCAGGAAUUGCAGCUCUGCUGCUACCAGGAGGGAGGACAGCUCACUCCCGCUUCAAACUUCCCGUCAAUUUAACUGAUGAGACAGUUUGUGAGAUUACAGCAGGAUCUAUGUUGGCUACUCUGAUUGCAAAAACUGAUUUGAUCAUAUGGGACGAAGCUCCAAUGGCUCACCGUCAAGCGUUUGAAACUCUGGAUCGCACGCUAAGGGACUUACAAUCUCUGCAUAAUCCAGAAGCAGCUAAUAAACCUUUCGGAGGGAAAACAGUGAUACUUGGUGGUGAUUUCAGGCAAAUUUUACCUGUCGUUGCUCAUGGAAGUAGACAAGACACCGUGAAGGCAUCUAUUAGCAAGUCCUACCUCUGGCCAUAUGCACAGGUUUACACGCUAAACACCAACAUGAGACUCAGUCAAGCAGACAGAGAAUUUGCAGAGUGGAUUCUCGAGGUGGGCAAUGGUACGGCGGCAACUGUGGCGACAGAUGAAGUAAGUUAUGAUGGUGGAGAGCAGGUUCUAAUUAAAGAUAAAUUCAUGCUGCCGAGGUCAGAUAAUCCUCAUCUAACUGUAUCAGACGCUGCUUACCCUGACUUUGUUAAAAACCAUCUUACCCGUGCUUACUUGACAGAAAGAGCUAUCUUAGCUCCAACAAACGCAAGUGCCCACGAAAUUAACUCUUAUCUACUGUCUAAAGUGCCUUCUGCAGAAAAAGAAUUUCUAAGUUCAGACAGUAUUGCCUUUGAGAGUACACCCGAGGAUGACUGGACAAAUAACUACCCCCAGGAGUACUUAAACUCACUAGACUUCCCAGGUCUGCCACCUCACAAACUAUGUCUGAAAGUCGGUGCUCCAGUCAUGAUGCUUCGCAACCUCAACCAAAAAAAUGGGUUAUGCAAUGGAACCCGGAUGAUGAUCUCACGCCUUGGCCACAGGGUUUUGGAGGCUGAGCUCUUAACCGGUACUCAUGUCGGGGAAAGUGUCUUGAUUCCAAGGAUUCAGCUUUCACCAACCGAUACUAUACAUCCAUUCACGUUUCGCAGGCGGCAGUAUCCAAUCAGAUUGUGUUAUGCCAUGACAAUAAAUAAAAGCCAAGGCCAGAGUCUGAAACAGGUAGCCCUCUAUCUCCCAAGACCCGUUUUCAGUCAUGGGCAAUUGUACGUCGCUCUCUCUCGAGUCACAACUCCGGAAGGUCUACGAAUUCUAGACGAUACAGAAGGUGCAACUAGAACAGAUGCUGUGACUAACAUUGUUUACAAAGAAAUUUUCAACAAUCUCUUGACAAGCAACAGGUGCGCAGCUAUUCCAGUUACCUACAACCCCAAAGACGGUCACAGUCGUCUUCGUGAGAUGGAGUUGGGAUAA